AUGUCUCAACAACAAUCCAUCGCUAAUCUGUUACAUGGAAGAUCUUUACGUUCUCGAGGCCCAACCCCUGGACCAUCGACAACCAUAGAACAAGGAAAGAAGAAAGAAUCAAACAAAAUGGAGGAAAUGCAAAUCGUUGAAGGAGUCGAUAGGGAAGAUACUGUGAUGAAAACAGAAGAUCAAAAGAUAAGUAAGGUGGGAGAAACAAAAGAAUUAAAAGGAGGAAAGAAGACAAAGAAAAACAUCAAGAAGAAGAUUGUAAAACUCGGAAACAAUAUGGAAGAUCAAAUCGGAGAUGAAGAAGUGGAAGAAGGAGGAAAGCAACAGAAAAACGAAGAAGAAAAGAUGGGAAUACAACCACCACAGAACGAAGAAGAAGGAGUAGAUGUAGAGAUGAACAUAGGUUUCGAUGGCACGAAUAAGUCCCGUGAUAUAUGCGAAGUGUGA